AUGAAGAAGUUUCUGAUUUUCCUGGCGCUCACGGUGGCCGUGUGCUACGCCGCCCCAACGGAGCCGGAGGCCGAGGCCGAGGCGCCUCCCGCAGAAGCCAUAGACGCGAUUCCGGAGCCAAUGCAGGGCCCCUUGGGCGAAUUAUGCAAAUUGCCACUGACCUUGGUCCCUUACUUGAAGGACAAUUUGAAUAAUCCCGUAGUGGAAGCAAUCAUUAAAACGUUGUGUCCGUUC